AUAACUUGGUCACGUGAUAGCGAAAAAUGAAGCGGAAGAUCCUGAAAGUCUUUCAUUUCCGCUAAAAUAAGUUUCCGGUCGGAAUUUGUUUAUAUUUUGAUUUUGUUUGGGACCAAGAUUUCUAAUAAAAAGAUAUUUCGACUACCAAACUUCACUUGAGAUUUCUGAUGAACAAUGUCCGACUUAGACGAGUCUGCAGUGACAGUAUCUGUGGGUGAUGAUGGUUAUCUCACAUACACAACUGUUGAGAGGGAAGAUGGCAGUCUGGUGGAGGGGGUAGACAUGGAUGAUAUGGAGCUGGGACCCGCACGUAAACGCCUGCGACUGGACGACAUAGUCGCGCACACUGGGAACCACAUUAUCACGCAGGAGAGUGACAUGGAUGAAGGGCAAAUAAUCCAUGAUGAUUCUCAGAUAAUCCAAGAACAGGAGCUACAGGCACUCUCAGACGGCAACGUGGUGAUCCAGGGAGAGGAGGAGGAGGUGAUACAGCACCACCAGCUGCCUGCCCCCCAGUACCAGAACCUGAUCAUCCAGCACAUGGACAUAGCAGAGCCCCUCGUCACACUCAAACAGCUGCUGGAACUGAGGCUGCAGUGCUCCCUGGCUGACCACCAGUUCUACCUGCAGGACAGCAUACCUCUGGACACACGUAAGAGCCUUGUGGACCAGUGUGUACAGGGAGAGGGCAUGGUGCAGAUCAAUCUGGAGGUGAAAUCUCAACCAGACAUGAAACCAAAGAUUAACAUCCUCGACAUCCUGAAGCCAGCAGAGGAAGUUGAGUCCAACUCAGUGGACCAGAGUCCCACACAGACCACAGGGGCCUCAUCCACUGCCAAGGUGGUGGUGCCUGCUGAGGAGCAAGAGAACAUUACACGCUGGAUUGUGGACCAGCACUUCAGGAAGGAGCAGGAGAGACUGAAAAUACCCUACGACCCGAUGUUGUGGUCGGCAGUGCAUGUCAAGCACUGGAUCAUGUGGGCAAUUAACGAGUUCAAGCUGGAGGAUGUGGAUGUGAACAACUUCAACAUGACCGGAUUCCAGCUGUGUGAAUUGACUCAUAGUGACUUUGUGAAAUAUAUACCACACGAUCCGGGAGACAUUUUCUGGACGCAUUUAGAACUCCUUCGCAAGUGCAAAUUUGUGGCUGUGAUGCAGCAGCCAGCAGUGAACCCACUUACAACAAUCAAUAUAUCGUCAGGUAGAAAAACAUUCAAACAAAAGUCCAGGUCUCCUCGAAUCACUGGUGACCAUGGGUUUUCUCCAGGCAACAGAACAGGCAACAAUGGUCAGAUCCAGCUAUGGCAGUUCCUUCUAGAGCUGCUCACAGACAAGGACUGCCGUGAAGUGAUUCAGUGGGUGGGAGAGGAGGGGGAAUUCAAGCUCAACAACCCUGAGAUGGUGGCCCAGAUGUGGGGCAACCGCAAGAACAAGCCCACUAUGAACUAUGAGAAACUCAGCCGCGCACUCAGAUACUAUUAUGACGGCGAUAUGAUUGCCAAGGUCCAUGGGAAAAGAUUUGUGUACAAGUUUGUGUGUGACUUAAAAAUGUUGCUGGGCUAUUCCGCAUCAGAACUCAACAGACAAGUGACAAUGUGUGCAGAGAAGAAGUUACAGCGAGUGCGCGAGACUCUACGACCCACUGUGACCUCGUUCGGCAAACAGAAACUUGUGACACAUACAGUUCAGACCACUUUGGACUAGCGACCCAGAGGCUGUGUUCGACACUGGCGACCAGAAUUACCUUGCAAAUCACCUGACAUAACCUACAUGUUCCUGAAUGCUCAAUAGUCUAGAGGCUUGCAUGUCCGUUUUGUGCUGUUUUCAUGUUCUCCAUGCAUGUAUUUGUAUUAAUUAAUUAAUAAUUG